AUGCAACUGGAGGUGAUUUGCGAGUGCGAUACGAAACAUCCGGGACAUCUUUACGUUCGGUUAAUAACAGCCGAGCUCGACGACAGGUACUUCAUUUACUAUGACAAAUCGCAAAGAGAGGUUUACUCAUCUAGGAACAACCUACAAGUUACAUUUUAUGUCUAUCCGCCAGCAUUGGAGUCUUCAAUAUCAUGUUUGGUGCGACCAGUACCAGAUACAAGCGAUGUUUUUUGCGGUCCGUCGGAAAUCAACUUCACCUCUGAGCAUCGUUUCAACUUGACCACCCCUGGCAAUCGGUUCUUGCAUUGCGUUUGGCGGAUUACCAACGACGCCCCAUCGGCGCUCACCAUGGUUGAUCUGUUAGGCAUUCAUAUACAAGAUGAGACGGCCGUGCUAGGAGAAGGAGAUGACAUCGGCUCGUCAAUGAUUCAUAACAUCAAAUCGGAACACAAGAAUGGGACGUCCUAUUACUUGUCCCGAUCACACCUUUGGAUGACUUUCUCCUCCCGCCCACAUGAAAUCGUCAACGCCACGCCCACCCUGCAGAUCCUCUUCCGAUCAUCCAACUACAUCAACGGAAAAGAUGUUGCCAAUCUAUUUCAAUGUGGAGACGACCAGAUAUUGUGCCGGCGAGAUUCGAAGUGCCUCCCUCUGCAUUCGAUAUGCGAUGGCCAGGCAGACUGUUCGGAUUUCUUGGACGAAGGAAUGACAUGCGACUUUUGUGGUGCUUCAAGUAUUUCCCUGAGCUCAGAAGAAUCGAUGACCAUCAUAGCCGAUUUCGGAAUGACCUCUCUCUGGACCGGGUUCUUUGCCAUAUACCCGGGUACUUCUCCCUCGUUUCCCUCGAACACCACCGAUGUGCCCGCGGGGGUCGUCAUCACCAACCACUCGGUAGCGGUCGAGCAUCGUGAGUGCAUCUGGCGGCUGCAGGAACCGAACGGGACCCGAAUCCAAGUCGAAGUGGCCGAGUUCGAGGGAGACGACUUAGUGCUGACCAUCGGCAACGGUAUCGACCCCACCGAAGGAUUUCGACUCUUGGUAAUCGAUACCGAGACCGGUAUCGUACCGCUGCCCCGCACGUUGUUGUCCAGCGGUAUCGGAAUGUGGAUCACCUUGAAAGAAUCGACAACAUACCUCAGAAGUUUUAAGCUGAGACUUGUCUUCUCAACGUACAACACAGUAGAUUGUGACGAGGGUCAAUUUGUUUGUCCAUCUGGAAGAGACUGUUUGGAGGAUUCGUCGCUUCAGUGCGACGGCAAGAGAGACUGCUCUGCGAAUGGGGACGAGCUCGGAUGUGGGAAUUGUGACCCACAAGAAUUUCUGUGUUCCUCCGGUGAGGAUUGUGUACAGGGUUACCAGCUAUGUGACGGCAACGCAGAUUGCGCUGACUACACGGAUGAGCUACAAUGCGGAUUUUGUGGUAACGAGACCCUCGACAUCCAACUCAACCAGACCUACUUCGUCGCGCCCUACUCGACCACCAUGCAAUGUCUGUGGAUCAUCCAGGCUGAGCCAGGCUACCAGAUCCAGGCCAGAAUUCUGCGGAAUUCCUGGUGUGAACUGACCUUUGCCACGGGCCCCAGCACCGAUACAUUUAACCAUGGCCUGCUCGGGAGUAACAUCAUUUGGAGAGUUGAUACCAUUCCAAUAGCAGGCUUGGCAGUACCACCAAUGGCCUAUCCAAGAUCCCUAUCGGUCAGGGCGUCACGAUUGUGGAUAUCAAAUAAAUGCAUCAAAAACUCCAACGAAGGAUAUGCCGACAAGGUGGACGAAUUAAUUAUAUCUGUCCGUCAGUACAUGCCAUUGGAAUGUUCAUCCAAAGAGUUCACAUGUGCAUCUGGCUUAGCCUGUAUUGAUAAGACAGCAGUCUGCGAUGGGAUUGCUGACUGUCCGGAAUAUUCUGAUGAAAUUGGAUGCCAACCCUGUCUUGGAACUGAAUUCGCCUGUUCGUCAGGGGAGUGCGUCGCCCUGGAUAAGAAAUGCGAUGGAAAGAAACAUUGUUCUGACUCCUCCGACGAAUUUGACUGCGAUCCAUGCGGCAAGUCCAUCUUUAACUUGACAAACGACGCUCCAGCGACCAUAACCUCGCCGGGCUGGUGGGAGUUUAAGGCCUAUCCCGACAGGGCCAAGUGCUUGUGGAGUCUGGUGUCAGAAGUGGGAUUCCGUAUCACCCUGACGUUCCUACAGUUCUCCGUGGAGGAAGGCUACGACUGUCUGUACUUGGGGAACGGCAAUGGGUUCACCGAUUAUUUCCUCAAUGUGACAGGGGAUCGUUUUCCACAUAGCGUUGCUUCGCGGAAGAACACGAUGUUCGUGAAAUUUGUCUCCGACGUGAUCAUCAGUGCUGAAGGCUUUCGUCUUCAGAUUGAACAGAAGAUGGGAGACGAAGUUUUAUGCGAUGAAGGUUAUGUCCCGUGUGGCAUGGAGGAUCUGGUGUGUGUCAAGAACGACGCUUCUGAAAAUGGCCUUUCGAUCUGCCCCAAGGAUAAUUGUUAUCCCCGAGAGUACUAUGUUUGGAAUGAUCCCAUCGACCUCACCUCCCCCGGCUACCCGGCCAACUACCCGUGCGGACUCGACUGCGUCUGGACCAUCAUCUCUAAUAAAACCAAGUCCAUCUUAAUCGUGUUCCUGGACUUCCAGACGGAACGGUCCGAAGACGUGCUAGAGAUUCAAGGCAGUACCUUGCACGGAGGCAAGGCGGUGGUGUUCAGGCUUCGAGGAGCCUGCAAAGUGCGGACCAUGGCCUUCAACUCUUACUCGGCUCAGGUUUCUUUCACUUCCGACGUGACGGUCUCAUUCCGCGGAUUUCACCUGCAGCUGCUGGGGAACUACUCUGCAGACAACGUUACGUCCUGUCCUUACCCCGACCUCUUCGACUGCGGCGAUGGCUCCUGCGUGUCGCCCGACGCCAGAUGUGACGGGUUUAAAGACUGUAAAACAGAUGGAUCGGAUGAGCUCGGCUGCGACAAUAUUACCUGUCCCGAGUACUUCAAGUGUGCCAACUCGGGACAGUGCUUAUUUUGGACUGACGUGUGCGACGGCGAACCUGAUUGCCCAAAUGGUGAUGACGAGACCAAUUUGGAAUGCGGGAAACGAUGCCCAAUUGGAUGUGAUUGUGACAUCGACACAGCCGCUGUGAAAUGCCUAGAAGGGUGGAAUUCGUCCACAAUUGAAAACAUCGCCAGAAGGACUGAAAGCCUUCUUCUUUCAGGAGGAAAUAUGGACGUGCUUGACAUGGGCCUGUUCAAGGAGUUAUCUCAUCUUAGAGGACUGUGGCUGGCCAGUAGCAAUAUUACAGGUAUUGUGAAGGGAACUUUUGAUGGUCUCCAGAAUCUGACCUAUCUAAAUAUAUCCGAGAAUUAUAUCGCCACCAUCGCUACCGAAAGCUUCUUAGAGCUGAACAGCUUGGAUACCUUGAUUGCUCGCGACAUCCAUUUCGACACGAUAGAAUCCAAGGCAUUCAGUGGACUCACCAAACUGAAGACGUUGGUACUGAUAAGAAGUACAACGUCGAAGAAUUCUAAGCCAGUCGUCGUUAAACGCGAAGCCCUCAACGAUCUAGUGAGCCUUACGGAUCUGUACGUCGAUGACUAUCAGUUAUGUUGCGAAUUCGUCGCAGCCAUUGAGGGGUUUGAGCUAGAUAAUUGUCAGACGACAGAAGCUAUGCCACCUCUGAAUCUCUGUGGUAGUCUGAUGCCGAAUGAACCUCUUCGUGUCUUCCUAUGGGUUUUGGCUUUUAGCGCCCUCAUCGGCAAUGCGGUGGUUAUUGUUUGGAGGUGUUACCAAGGCAAAGAAAAAGGCGGGAAGAAAACUCACACCUUCUUCGUGCUCAACUUGGCCAUCUCUGAUCUCAUAAUGGGGGUGUACAUGUUGAUUAUAGCCGGAGCUGAUGUACACUAUGGUACGAGGUACUCCCAGGGAGCCAGUGUAUGGCGGGCAAGUCCGGUCUGCAAAAUAGCUGGGGUGUUUUCGUUGCUUUCCAGCGAGGCGUCGGUGUUCUUCGUCACCCUGAUCAGUCUGGACAGCUUUGUCAGCAUCGUGUUCCCUUUCAGUCGCAUCCAGCUUCGAGAUCGGUCCGCCGCUGGUGUCGUUGCUUCCAUAUGGGUGGUUGCUUUAACUCUGAGCGUUUGGCCCACCGUCGUUAGUUUCGAUGGUUCUGAUGUCUACGGUCUGUCAGACGUGUGCAUUGGCCUGCCGUUGAUGACCAAACCGACGAGCUACGUUCUCCAGGAGGCAGGGAUUACCAAUCCUCUUGGUAACACCCACACUGUAUCUAUUCCUGUAGGUCAAGGCAGUCGACCUACUUGGAUCUACUCCAUCGCCCUGUUUCUCGGCCUAAACCUGCUGUGUUUCCUAGUCGUCCUGUGUUGCUACAUCGCCAUCUUUAUCAAGGUCAAGCGCACCGCAAAGAGGGUCCGGCAGACCGUUCACCGCGACCGAGAGAUCAAGAUGGCGGUCAAGAUGGCGCUGAUAGUUGGCACGGACUUUGCCUGCUGGGUCCCGGUCAUCAUCCUGGGGAUUCUGUCGCAGACUGGGGUGGUGAAUAUCGGCGCUGAGGGGUAUGCCUGGGUUGUAGUCCUGCUUCUGCCGAUCAAUUCGUCCCUCAAUCCGUACAUCUACACGCUUAUCACCGCCAUUUCCGAGUAUCGCCUGGCCAGAGCCUUACGGGAAGAAAAGUUGGUGCUAACUACGACCAUGAAAACGAGAUCUAUGGAAACUCUUCCAUCUAGUGGCUCGGACACUGCGCCAUCUUGAAAUCAUCAUCACAGCGCAACUCAAACAAGUAGUUACAAUCAAUAUGUGCUCUUUUCUCCUCUACGUGUACUACGUGUAUGCUCCGUCCAUGUAGACGAAGUCCAUAAAAAUGGGCUAAAUUUACAUUAUUUGGACCGCGAUUUCCCGUCUGUGUAUUAUAUUAAACCUGACAUGUCCAUUAGCAUUUCAUAUAGGAGGUAAUGUAAAUUGAAUAUUGCGUUUUGCCCUUCAGUGACGUAACUUUGUAAACGUUGUAUAAUGCUGUCUGCGAUUAAGAACGACAACUCACAGUCGCUCGGAUAGGACGCUCAAACUAAACAAAAACUAAUGUUUAUUAUAAUGUAUUCUUGUCAAUUAAAUGAAAUUGAUUCCAUUGUCUUUUUGAAAACUGGUUUUCCUUGCGUUUUUAAAUAGAAACAAAUACAACCUGGGACAAUCAAAAUACCGUCACCUCUUUAUUUUUAUAUUUUUACUGUGAUACAACAUACAUUAAAAAAGACGUUUCUGUUGUCAUGUGUAACGAAAGCAAAUGAAGGUAUCCGUUUGCCUUCUUUCGCCAGUCAAUGUAUGUCGAUGGAAAUUUGUUUGAUUACGAAUACAGGUACAUUGGCGUUAAAUAUUUCGAAAUGUACUUUGUGAAAAUAAACUCCAAAAUAAACAUGUACAUCCAUUGGGUUCUCAGAAUCAUCUUAACCAACAAAAGCAAAAUAAACACAAUUGUACGAUUCACAAAAUAAAAUGCUUAUCCACUCAAAAGUUAUACCAAAUCUGAAUUUGCUCCACAAAAUGUGGUUCGAAAGCUGAUCUAAAACUAUCUUUGUUUCUGUGUGCACUGUUCUGUCAAUGUUAACUAAAUAGGAAAUAUUCUCUUCUUUCCGUUUCACUCAAAUUAAAAAACAAAAUCAUUAAAAGCUGAGUAAUAUAUUUUUUUUCCUUUAAAAGUUAAAAACUGUGUAAAUUUUCCUUCUUUUUUUCAAAGGGCUGUAGGACUAGGCCUAUCAUGUUUUGGAACUAAUCCCUCAAAUAAAGAGUAGCGCGAUAAAUAAC